CAACAGCUUCGUUAAGCUCAAUGCAUGAAUGGUUUUCUGCAGAAUUUGCAGUGGAUGGCAGGACUGGCACAGAUUACACGAUAUGUUCACACACUGGUUCAGGAUUCCCGGAAGCUUGGUUUCAAGUGGAUCUUAAAGAUUAUUUUAGUUUGAAAUCUGUGAAAAUAUACUACAGAAAUGACAGUAAAUUAAAUUGGCCUCCUUAUCGUUUUCGGCAAUUCUACUUAGACGUGUCUAACUCUUCAGCAAGUGUGCCUUCAACAUCACAAAGAAUACGCUGUCACAAGGACGAAACAGAAGAACCGGAUGUACCUCCGGCUGUGAUAGACAUUCCCUGUAAGCACACAGCGAGAUACAUCAUUGUGGGAACUUCCUAUGACGCUCCAGAAGAUAAUCCAAUAGAAGGGGCUAUUUUAGAAAUAUGUGAAAUAGAGGUUUAUGAAUGCGAUGAUUCAGGCAUUGGCCGUAAUUGUUCUGAGAAGUGCAGUAUCAACUGCAAAGGACAGCUGUGCAAUAAUGUCACAGGAACAUGCACCAAUGGAUGUGAAACGGGAUUCUUCAAGGAGGCUUGCAAUGAACAUUGUAACCCCGGUUGUUAUAAAGGAUGUAACAUAGUAACAGGGUAUUGUGAUAAUGGCUGUGUAGCAGGAAAGUUUGGCACAAAUUGUCACGAAAAUUGUGGAUCAGGAUGUCUUUCUAAGAGCUGUGCACGGAUAAAUGGAAACUGUAGUUGUGCAAAUGGAUGGAAAGGAGAUAAAUGUACAGGUAAGAAAUAG